UUUCUUCAUUUAAAAAAUUUUUUUUUUUUAACAUUUUUUUUUUUUUACAGAUCAUCUCAAUGUGAUCGGUUUGCGGAUGGUUCUGAUUUCAUCUAAAUCCGUUUGCUGUUUUGUGUGGGGGGAAAAAAAACACAUUAGACUCCAAGAGGACUGAUAUUUGGGAGGAAAAACUGCUGAGCUCCGCAAGGAAGUUGCCUGAGGCGGACAGGGACCCGUAGGAAUCCGCUGGAGAGGCUGGAAACGAAGCUCUUCACCCUCACAUUCAGUCGGAUGAAUCUGAAUUUUCCAAGGCUCUACAGAAGAUGUGACUUGUGGAUUACUCUGCUCCGUAACUAGAUCCCCGCCUCGUCACUGCCUCUUUGCUCUAUAGCCUUCUCUUGAUCACGUUGUCUCUUCUGGAAUAUGGUUCACUCAUGGGGCUUGGCUAGCUCCCCUUUUGGGGUCUUCAACCCCUCCCUUCUUGACCAAUAAGAGGCCCGACUUUUUACUUUUUCCACAAACAAAUCCUCACUGUCGGAAUAUCCACCUCGAAGCCUGACGUACGCUCACUUUGGCUCUCUCGUUUGUUGAUCAUGGAACCACAGUGGAACCCGACUUCCUAUCCGCAGGCUUCUUCUGCUGUCAUCUUACUUGUGGCUACUUCCUGCACUUGGCUCCUCCCACCCGCUUCCCCUCAGCGAAUUCCCACUGAUCCCCAGGCGGCGCCAGAGUACGCUCACUCUAUCCGACUGGAUGGAGACAUCAUCCUUGGUGGAUUAUUCCCUGUGCACUCACGGGGAGACCGGGGUACACCCUGCGGGGAGCUGAAAAAGGAGAAAGGCAUCCAUCGCCUGGAGGCCAUGAUGUUCGCCAUCGAUCUGAUCAACAAAGACCCUGAGCUGCUGCCUAACAUCACCCUGGGGGCCCGAAUCUUGGAUACCUGCUCCAGAGACACCUAUGCUCUGGAGCAGUCCCUGACCUUUGUGCAGGCCUUGAUAGAAAGGGACGGCUCUGAUGUCCGCUGUGCUAACGGAGACCCUCCCAUCUUCACCAAGCCGGAUAAAAUUGUAGGUGUGAUAGGAGCCGCUGCCAGCUCUGUGUCCAUCAUGGUGGCCAACAUCCUGCGCCUGUUCAAGAUCCCCCAGAUAAGCUACGCCUCCACGGCCCCUGAACUGAGUGACAACACCCGCUACGACUUCUUCUCCCGCGUCGUACCACCAGACUCCUACCAGGCCCAGGCCAUGAUGGAUAUCGUCACAGCAAUGGAGUGGAACUACGUGUCCACACUGGCCUCGGAGGGCAACUACGGGGAGAGUGGAGUCGAGGCCUUUAUCCAGAUCUCGAGAGAAACUGGUGGUGUAUGUAUUGCCCAGUCCUUGAAGAUCCCGAGGGAGCCCAAGCCAGGAGAGUUUGACAAGAUCAUCAGACGCCUGCUGGAGACCUCCAAUGCCAGGGCUAUCAUCAUGUUCGCUAAUGAGGAUGACAUACGACGAGUUCUGGAUGCAGCUAAACGGAAUAACCAGACAGGCCACUUCCUGUGGGUGGGAUCAGACAGCUGGGGGUCCAAGAUCUCACCUGUGAUUGGCCAGGAGAGGGUUGCUGAGGGAGCCAUUACCAUCCUUCCAAAAAGAGCAUCUGUUGAUGCAUUUGAUCGUUAUUUCCGUAGCCGCUCACUUUCUAACAACAGGAGGAAUGUUUGGUUCGCUGAAUUCUGGGAGGAGAAUUUCAACUGUAAACUGGGGAUGCACGGUAAACGUCCUGGCAGCCUGAAGAAAUGCACAGGUUUGGAAAAGGUUGGUCGUGAUUCCAGUUAUGAACAAGAGGGGAAGGUUCAGUUUGUGAUGGAUGCGGUCUAUGCCAUGGCCCACGCUUUGCAUCGCAUGCACCGUGAACUCUGCUAUGGCUACCCAGGCCUCUGCCCCCGCAUGGCCAACAACAUUGAUGGCAAAGAGCUGCUCAGCCACAUACGGGCUGUCAACUUCAACGGAAGUGCAGGAACGCCGGUGGUUUUCAACGAGAAUGGAGACGCUCCAGGAAGAUACGAUAUCUUCCAGUACCAGAUCAACAACAGAUCGACUGCUGAGUACAGAGUCAUCGGGUCCUGGACUAAUAAAUUACACCUGAAGGUUGAGGCCAUGCGUUGGAGGACAGGGGACCCGUCUCUCCCAGCCUCUGUGUGCAGCAUCCCAUGCAGAGCAGGUGAAAGGAAAAAAGUGGUCAAAGGGUCACCAUGCUGCUGGCACUGUGAACGCUGUGAGGGAUAUCACUAUCAGGCGUCAGAGUUCACCUGUGAGCUGUGUCCAUAUGAGAUGCGACCUGAUGCCAACCGGACCGGCUGUGUCCCCAUCCCCAUUAUCAAGCUGGAGUGGCACUCCCCCUGGGCCAUCGUACCCGUCUUCAUUUCCAUGUUGGGGAUCAUCGCCACCUCUUUCGUCAUAGUAACAUUUGUCCGGUACAAUGACACACCUAUCGUACGAGCUUCAGGACGUGAGAUGAGCUACGUGUUGCUGACAGGAAUCUUCCUGUGUUAUGCCAUUACCUUCCUGAUGAUUGCGACUCCAGACGUGGGAGUGUGUUCAUUCAGGAGGAUUUUUUUGGGAUUGGGGAUGUGUUUUAGCUACGCUGCCCUACUCACCAAGACAAACAGGAUACACCGCAUCUUCGAACAAGGGAAGAAGUCUGUAACAGCACCGAGGUUCAUCUCUCCUGCCUCCCAGCUCGUCAUCACCUUCUCCCUCAUCUCAGUUCAGCUGCUGGGAGUCUUCGUCUGGUUCGCCGUGGAUCCACCUCACACCGUGGUGGACUAUGGCGAACAGCGGACCCAGGACCCAAUGGCUGCCCGCGGCGUCCUCAAGUGUGACAUCUCGGACCUGUCCCUUAUCUGCUCCUUGGGUUAUUCAAUCCUGCUGAUGGUGACAUGCACAGUCUACGCCAUCAAGACGAGAGGUGUACCUGAAACGUUCAACGAAGCCAAGCCCAUUGGAUUUACCAUGUACACGACCUGCAUCAUCUGGCUGGCGUUCAUACCCAUCUUCUUUGGGACAUCACAGUCUGCAGAGAGGAUGUACAUCCAAACCACCACCCUGACCAUCUCUCUCAGCCUGUCAGCCUCGGUGUCUCUGGGGAUGCUCUACAUGCCCAAAGUCUACAUCAUCCUCUUCCACCCUGAGCAGAAUGUACCCAAAAGAAAACGCAGCUUUAAGGCCAUUGUGACAGCUGCCACCAUGUCGGGAAAACUGACCCAGAAGGGAGGAGACCGGCCCAACGGAGAGGUGAAGACUGAACUGUGUGAGAGCAUGGAGACCAACAGUGACUUCAUCAACUAAGACAACAUAUGUCAGCUACAGCAAUCAUGCCAUCUGAAGAGAUCACAAAAGAAGAAGAAGAAGAAGAAGAAGGAGGAGGAGGAGGGGGGGGUUGGACAGGAGAAGGGGCUUGUCUUGGGGCAGAGCCAAUCAAAAGAAGGAACCGUUGUCCAAUCCUCUGAUUAGCUGAAGAACUAGCGGACAGUCAGAGCGCCCAAUGGAUUCCAAGCAUGAGACAUUUUGUAUUGUUCCGCAUCAAACCACAGAGAGGUGGGACCACAUAAACAGCCAGUCAGUGUGCCUGCUUUUCCGCUGCUCACAGCUCAUUGGUCCUACCAUGAACUUACCUGUUUAAAAAAAAAAAAAAAAGAGACAACAUGAAAAAAGUUGACAUACCAUAGGACACUGUGGUGGACAGAGUAACUAUUAAAAUCCAAAAAAAAGAGACAAAAAAAGAAUAAAGAAGCACAAAAAAAAAAAAAAAAACUUAAAAAAAACACCAUGUAGACAUUAUAUCUAAAAGGGCAAAAGGUGGGUUGGGGAAAGAGAUUUAACAGAUUACAUUUUAAAAGAUAUUUAAAAAGAGAAAUGUCAGAGAAAAUCUAUGAGACUCAAACAUGUUUGUUGUUAUUCUCUACUUGUAAGUAUUUUUGUGGUUGUGACGAUUUUUUCAUUCUUGUCUCACCGUUGUCUGAUGGAUCGCCCUUGCAUAAUGAGAUGAGUGUGUUUCCUGCUGUCUUGGCUAGCCGGGUUGUAGCCUUGGGUUGUGAACCUGUAAAAUGCCAUGGUUGAAGCAUGCCAGUUUUUAUACAAAAAGGAGAUUUAUUUAUAAUAAAGGAAUGUUUUGCAAAUGUGUA